CUAAACUGAUUGCAGUGAGGAUUGCUAUGUAUGAGAGAGUUCAGGGGGGAAAGAGGAGGAAGUCACAGAGGCAGCCGAGGCUCACAGGAUGGCAAGAGCCAAGCUGAAGAAUUCCCCUUCAGAGAGCAAUUCCCGUGUCAAAACUGUCCCACCGGCGACGACAGAAGAUGUCCACGGGGUGAGCCCCUUGUUACCGUCUCGGAGGAUGGGAUCCAUGGGGAGUGAUGUCGGACAAAGGCCUCACGCCGAGGAUUUCAGCGUGGAUUCCUCCUUCUCACAGGUGCAGGUCGAGUUCUACGUGAAUGAGAACACCUUCAAGGAGCGGCUGAAGCUGUUCUUCAUCAAAAACCAGCGAUCCAGCCUGAGGAUUCGGCUCUUCAACUUCUCCCUGAAGCUGCUCACGUGCCUCCUGUACAUCGUGCGUGUCCUGCUCGACAACCCCGAGGAGGGCAUCGGCUGCUGGGAAUGCGAAAAGCAGAAUUACACAGCGUUCAACCAGUCCACGAACAUAAACUGGUCCCACAUCUUUUGGGUGGACAGAAAAACCCCGCUGUGGGCCGUGCAGGUCAGCAUCGCUCUCAUCAGCUUCCUGGAGACCAUGCUGCUCAUCUAUCUCAGCUACAAGGGGAACAUCUGGGAACAGAUUUUUCGCAUUUCCUUCAUCCUGGAGAUGAUCAACACGGUGCCAUUCAUCAUCACGAUAUUCUGGCCUCCUUUGCGGAAUUUGUUCAUUCCUGUGUUUCUGAACUGCUGGCUGGCCAAGUACGCCCUGGAGAACAUGAUUAACGAUCUGCACAGAGCCAUCCAAAGGACGCAGUCAGCGAUGUUUAACCAGGUGCUCAUCCUGAUCUGCACCCUCCUGUGUCUCGUUUUCACGGGGACCUGUGGCAUCCAGCAUUUAGAAAGAGCAGGUGAGAAGCUCUCCCUCUUCAAGUCCUUCUAUUUCUGCAUCGUCACCUUUUCCACCGUGGGCUACGGAGAUGUGACACCAAAGAUUUGGCCUUCCCAGCUCCUCGUGGUGAUCAUGAUCUGCGUGGCCCUGGUGGUGCUGCCGCUGCAGUUCGAGGAGCUCGUCUACCUGUGGAUGGAGCGGCAGAAGUCGGGAGGGAAUUACAGCCGGCACCGCGCCCAGACGGAGAAGCACGUCGUCCUCUGCGUCAGCUCCCUCAAGAUCGACCUCCUCAUGGACUUCCUGAACGAGUUCUACGCCCACCCACGCCUGCAGGAUUACUACGUGGUGAUCCUGUGCCCGACAGAGAUGGACAUCCAGGUGCGGCGUGUGCUGCAGAUCCCGCUGUGGUCGCAGCGCGUCAUUUACCUCCAGGGCUCCGCGCUCAAGGACCAGGACCUCAUGAGAGCCAAGAUGGACAAUGGAGAAGCUUGCUUCAUUCUCAGCAGCCGAAACGAGGUGGACAGAACAGCGGCGGACCACCAGACCAUCCUGAGGGCCUGGGCUGUCAAAGACUUUGCUCCAAAUUGUCCUCUCUACGUUCAGAUCCUAAAGCCAGAAAAUAAAUUUCAUGUCAAGUUUGCUGAUCACGUUGUGUGUGAAGAGGAGUGCAAAUACGCUAUGCUGGCCCUGAACUGUGUCUGCCCUGCCACCUCCACCCUCAUCACGCUGCUGGUGCACACCUCCCGUGGCCAGGAGGGCCAGGAGUCCCCGGAGCAGUGGCAGAGGAUGUACGGGCGCUGCUCGGGCAAUGAGGUCUAUCACAUCCGCAUGGGAGACAGCAAAUUCUUCAUGGAGUACGAGGGGAAGAGCUUCACCUACGCAGCCUUCCACGCACACAAGAAGUACGGUGUCUGCCUGAUCGGCAUCCGGAGGGAGGAGAACAAAAGCAUCCUGCUGAACCCCGGCCCGAGGCACAUCAUGGCAGCGUCAGACACCUGCUUCUACAUCAACAUCACCAAGGAGGAGAACUCUGCCUUCAUCUUCAAGCAGGAGGAGAAGCAGAAGAAGAAGGGCUUUGCUGGCAGAGGCAGCUACGACGGCCCCUCGCGCCUGCCCGUGCACAGCAUCAUCGCCAGCAUGGGUACAGUGGCCAUGGACCUGCAGAACACCGAGUGCCGCCCUGCCAACAGCAGCAAACUGGCGCUGCCGGCCGAGAACGGCUCGGGCACGCGCCGGCCCAGCAUCGCCCCCGUCCUGGAGCUGGCUGACACCUCGUCCCUGCUGCCCUGUGACCUCCUCAGUGACCAGUCCGAGGACGAGAUGACGCAGUCGGACGAGGAGGGCUCGGCGGUUGUGGAGUACGUGAAGGGCUACCCCCCAAACUCGCCCUACAUCGGGAGCUCCCCGACCCUGUGCCACCUUCUGCCCGAGAAAGCCCCGUUCUGCUGCCUGAGGCUGGACAAGGGCUGCAAACACAACAGCUUCGAGGACGCCAAAGCCUACGGGUUCAAGAACAAACUGAUCAUCGUUUCGGCAGAGACAGCUGGCAACGGCCUCUACAACUUCAUCGUCCCGCUGCGGGCGUACUACCGCUCCCGCAAGGAGCUCAACCCCAUCGUGCUGCUGCUGGACAACAAGCCUGAGCACCACUUUCUGGAGGCCAUCUGCUGUUUCCCCAUGGUUUACUACAUGGAGGGCACCAUUGACAACCUGGACAGUUUGCUGCAGUGUGGCAUCAUCUACGCUGACAACCUGGUGGUGGUGGACAAGGAGAGCACCAUGAGUGCCGAGGAGGACUACAUGGCCGAUGCCAAGACGAUUGUCAACGUCCAGACCAUGUUCAGGCUCUUCCCCAGCCUCAGCAUUAUCACAGAGCUGACCCACCCCUCCAACAUGAGAUUCAUGCAGUUCAGAGCAAAGGACAGUUACUCUCUGGCCCUUUCCAAGCUAGAAAAGAGAGAGCGAGAGAAUGGCUCCAACCUGGCCUUCAUGUUCCGGCUGCCCUUCGCGGCCGGGAGGGUCUUCAGCAUCAGCAUGCUGGACACGCUGCUGUACCAGUCGUUCGUGAAGGAUUACAUGAUCACCAUCACUCGGCUGCUGCUGGGCCUCGACACCACGCCGGGCUCCGGGUACCUCUGUGCGAUGAAGAUCACCGAGGAUGACCUGUGGAUCCGGACGUACGGCCGCCUCUUCCAGAAGCUCUGCUCCUCCAGUGCCGAGAUUCCCAUCGGCAUCUACAGGACGGAGUCGCACAUGUUCGCGACCUCCGAGCCCCACGACAUCAGAGCGCAGUCACAGAUCUCAAUCAAUGUUGAGGACUGCGAGGACACGAAGGACGUCAAGGAGCACUGGGGCAUCAAGACGAGCCACCACCGGAACUCGUGUUCCAGCGACCAGUCGGAGCACCCGCUGCUGAGGCGCAAGAGCAUGCAGUGGGCACGGCGGCUCAGCAGGAAGGGCAACAAGCACUCCAGCAAGACGGCCGAGUGGAUCAGCCAGCAGCGCCUCAGCCUGUACCGGCGCUCCGAGCGCCAGGAGCUGUCCGAGCUGGUCAAAAACCGUAUGAAGCACCUGGGCUUGCCCACCACCGGGUACGAUGAGAUGAACGACCACCAGAACACCUUGUCCUACGUCCUGAUCAACCCCCCCCCGGACACGCGGCUGGAGCUCAAUGACAUCGUGUACCUGAUCCGCUCCGACCCUCUGGCACACGUGGCCAACGACGGCCACAGCCGCAAGAGCAGCUGCAGCAACAAGCUGGGCUCCGGCAACCCCGAAACGCGCGACGAGACCCAGCUGUGAGCAGCCCCCGAGCCCCGGG